AUUUGUUACACGCAAGAAGAUUUAAGCUCGACUCUGUGAUAAUGGUAGAUCCGAGUGGAGUCGACGACGUGGCAGAGGCUCUAGGAGCAUGUGAACAAGUGGCUGAGCGGGAGCGCUUGAGAGCGGCCCUAAGGGAAGGCAGCCGCUUCGACUUCGGAAGAUCCGUGGAAGAGUACAACAACAUUGCAGCUCAAGGAACCUGUCGCUGGAUCUACCACACCAGGGAAUUCCGAAAUUGGAUCCGGCAAAGACAAAGUGUACUGUGCGUUACGGGGUCGUUCGGGUCCGGUAAAUCGUAUCUACUCGCCUCGCUAGCGAUGAAUUCUUGGGGGUUACGGUCAGAAGUGAAUCCGCCGCCGCAGCCUCUCAUUAUCAGACUCUUCUAUGAUUCUUUGCAGAUCCCAGAUUUAUCUCAGAUAUUGCAGGCUCUACUAGUCCAGGCAAUCCCAGAAGAGGGGCUGACACACUUGGUUCACACAAAUUGUGCGGGCCAACUUGACAUGAGUAUUGAGGACUUGCAGGAUGCUCUCCUCCAGUCCCUAAUCAAUCUGGGUCAGGAGAAGUCGAUAUUUAUGUUUCUCGAUGAUCUGACCGCGCUUGAGCUCGAUGUCAGUGGGGGCUUGGUUUCGUUUCUCGGUCGAUUGGUAGACCACGCUUGUUCUACUGAUAUUGCAUUACAUGUUUGCUACUCGAAACGGGAUUAUCCUAUUGUGGAAGCGGCAGCCUCAACGUUUCCCACCCAGUUUCAAGUUCGGAUCGAUGCCUUCAAUCAACAGGACAUCCAGUCGUGGGUUCGUUAUUCCUUGGAAUCAACGUUUCGCCAAGGAGUAGUGGAGUCGAAUGACUCGAUCGAAAGAGCAGUGAGCAAGAUCCUUGAAGAGGCGGGUACAAGCUUUGCCGCUGCGUCGAUCUAUCUACGCCACUUGGAGGAAAAUAAAAAUAACGUGCCGUUUCAGAAAUUAGAUGAGUGUCUUGAAGUGCUUCCCAGACCGCUUGAAGAGAUGUGGUUGAAACUGUUGCGAGAUCUGUUGACAUCCAGAAACCCCCACGGGGCAAGGGCAAUGGAUAUGAUGCAAUGUGUGCUGACGGCGCAAAGGUUGCUGAGUCCUCAGGAUCUCUACUGUGUAUGCAACAUGCCCUGUGAUAUGACUGAUUCGGAUGUGCGGUCCGCAUUAGUGGCGGACUCUCUGGGCUUACUCACCCUUUUACCGGAUACAACGAACGCCACUGAGCCUGGAAAGCCAAGAGUUAUAGUGUCCUUUGUCCAACCAGCAUUGAAGGUGUUCUUAGCAUCACCCGCAGCGGGUGCUCUCUUCACCGAAACACUGCAUUUAACCCACGCCGACUUUGUUGCUGGGGACCACGGCCGCUUUGUCCAAGCGGGGAUCAAAUGCUUAAAGGAAUUUCUUCCCGACUACCGUGAUCAGUGGAAGGACUCACUCCCGCCCUUCGUCGGUGGGAGGUUAUUUCAGGAGCCCAAACCUAGAAGCACCCAGGUGAGCUUCGAUCAAAUUUUCAAAGGGUAUCCAUUGCUCGACUAUACCGUUCGCUAUUUGUUCAAGCAUGCUCGGGAAGCUCAACAUUCUGAUGACCUCCAAAAUCUUGAGACAUCCGAAGAUGGCUGCACGCUUCUUGCCGUCUGGGGUCAUCUGCAAAACUGCUUGCAAGGGAUCGAGAUCUACGGGCCCUCGGUCACAUUGCAGCAUGUUUUUGCACGAUACAACAUGUCGGAAUAUCUGAAAAGGUACAAAAGUCUCGAGGUCAAGACCGAGAGCGCUCAGACUAUUCUCCAUUGGGCUGCUUUCUACGGAAGUGAAGAGGUUGUGGGCCUAGUGAUCAAUCGUACUGUCGAGACACAGUUAGAGGUCUUGUUGCAGAGCUCACGGAAGAAGCACCUGACUGGCACCCGUUGUCUCUACUUUGCCUGUCGCGAAAGUGAAGACGGCAUGAGCGCGCUGGACAUCGCUGUACAGAAGGGACAUGUGGACAUCGUUAACCUUUUACUGUCUUUCCGUGACAGGCUAGAGAAGAGAUCAGAUGUAGAUAAGGUUCAGAAAAAAUGGAGGCUAAGGCAGCCGGAGGGUUUCCCUCUGGACUAUGCAUCAUCAAUGCGACGUGAGCUCUAUGCUGCUUGGGAGACACAUCUGAAUGACAACACGCAGGGUAGGAUUCCCGCUCUUCAUCGAGCAGUCAAACAACGGCUUCCUGUCAUCGUGAAGAAAUUGUUAGGGCAUGGGGCCGAUUGGCGGGUGCAAAGUGAGAGCUUAACACCUCUACAGUUGGCGCUGAGACUGGCGCAAGAUGAAAACCCGUUGCACCCGGCUACUAAAACCGUCGUGCGGAUUCUCAAGUUGGAAGCCUUCGCAGUCCUCGACAAUGCAACCUGUCUGGAUUCCGAGAUGGAACCAGUUGAUCGGCUCUAUGAAGCAACCGUAAAUCACAUCGACGGGCGAGAUUUGCUUCGGAGUGAGGUUCCCAUCCCCGAACUCUUUAAUGGGAUUACUAUCCCCGAACUUUUGAAAGUGAAUGGCGUGGACCAGACUGGUUGGAGAUCUACUUGGAUCCAUCUUCCCGCCAAUAAUAUGAAGUGGGCAGAGAUCCUUAUCUUGCAAUUAUUAAAGCAGCAGAAACGGGACAUUAUGCUGCGCCACGAGCUGUGGACAAGCCGUCAGAUACGUGGCUCUGAAAGGUCUCAUAUCUCGUUCAUGAGGCCUGGUUGCGAAAAGAUAGAUGAAACAAAUGACUUUGUGAUAAUCGUCAGUCAGAGAUGCCCUACCUCCACUGGGAGACCCAGAGAAAGCAACGGCGAUUGGAGGCCUUCAGCCUCUGCAAAUUUCUGCUGGAAUCAGAGGCGGACGUACUUCCUUCCCUUGUGAAGCAGCUAUCUGCAGAGAAUAAUGACAUCCUCAACACAUUUGCGGAGAUCCCGUCCAGUGAUCCGAAAAUUGCAGCUCUCGGUCAGGAGCUCCGGCAGUUUCUGACGACCGUGGAAAGUUCAAAAGUAAACAAAGUGUCUGCACAGGCACAGCUCCAACAGGCCCUGCAGGCCUACAGGGAGGAAGCCUGUGCG